GCGAGGGGCGGGCUCGAGGGCUGGCGCGCUCUCCCAGACCCGGCGCCCACACAGUCGCGGCGGGAUGGCACCGGCCGGAGUCCCCGGGGCCAAAAAGGGUAUUUUGAAACGUCUGGGUAGUGGAGAGGUUGUAGUUGGAGGUGACAGCUUUCUCAUAACUCUGGAGAAGAGGGGCUACGUGAAGGCUGGGCUCUGGACUCUGGAAGUGGCAGCAGAUCAUCCUGACGCAGGACUAGAGCCCAGAGUUGGAACCAGAUGGGAUAUUAAAAAAUAUGCCAAAGAGGCCUACAACCUAGGGGUCUGGUACAUUUCUGGCCCCAGGCGGGGGAUUUCUGGCCCCAGCUUCAGACAAACAUGGCAGCUGGAGAAGUAGCCUUAAUAUGCACAUCAAACCCUGGAUUUGAGCCAGGACUAGAGGGAGUAUUGGGAAAAUCUGCUGCCAGCUUCAGGCAGAGCUUUCUGUCCUUCUGGACACCUAAGGAGUGGUGAGAGGAAACAGUGAAAUGACAGAACAGAAAGAAAUCCCCCUCAAGUCCCAUCUGGAACUCUUACUUGCCUUUACCCUCAGCGCACCCUGCUGUCUCCAGCUGAACAGCUAAUGUGCUCCUGGACCUUCAGUUCAGGUCAACAUAUGCCUCUUGCCUUCCUGCUGUGGAUGAGCACCCAACUGGUGCUGCCCGAGAUGCAAAGACAAUGAGA